AUGGCAGCAACACCAAAUGGAGACAGCGAGGAGGCCAAGCUACAGCGAUGGGCAGAUAGGCUGGCCUCGCUCCCGAGCUUGGCGCUACCUACGGACUAUCCCAGGCCAUCUCCAUCCAAGCUGGUCGAGUCGUUCCAGACCAUGCCUCUCCCAGCCUCCCUCACACCGACCCUCCUUCGCCUGACGGUCGAGUUCUCGGCCAUCUUUCCCAACUCCCCCUUCCCUACGCCAUACCACCUCAUCCUGACCUCGUUCGUCAUCCUUCUCUUCCGGUACACACCGGACCCGUCGCUGGUCGUCUGCACGUCCGGGCAGGGAACAACUAUGCCGCUCCUCCUCAAGCUGGAUAUCGCAACAGAGAACACCUUCUUUGACGUGCUUCGGCAAGUGAUGGAAGCUGAAGCUCUCGCCGAAGGGGAUGCUCUGCCCAUCUCCAAAAUCGUCGACAAGAUCAAGCCGGAAGGUCCGCUCUUCCGCGUGCGCUUCCUGGACUCUACCCAGGUAGAAACGGAUCCUACCACAUCUCUCACUACGGAUCUCACCCUCUUCCUGCUCGCGUCGCAGAAUGAAACGCCCCUUACCCGGACGUCCAUCCCCGCACUCUACCUUCGCCUCGCGUACAACUCGCUGCUCUUCACACAAGCGCGCAUCACCGCUAUCCUCGAAUCUCUUCAACAGCUCCUCACUUCUGCCGCCUCCCUCGGUGCCGCACACCCGAUCGGGUCCAUACCCCUCCGGACCGUAUCGCAGGUGGGCACACUGCCUGACCCCGCGGCAGAUCUCGACUGGUGUGGCUUUGUCGGAGCCAUCCCGGACAUCUUCUCGGCGAACGCUGCGGCGCACCCAGAGAGGAUCUGCGUGGUUCAGAGUGAGCUGGAAGAGGGACAAAGCGUCAUGGAUGGGCCAAGCAGGGGAAGGAGGACGUUCACGUAUCGUCAGAUCGACGAAGCGAGUAAUGUGCUCGCGCAUGCGUUGCUGAAGAAUGGGCUGGAAAGAGGAGAGGUGGUCAUGGUGUAUGCGGCAAGGAGUGUGGAGAUGGUGGUCUGCGUGAUGGGUAUUUUGAAGGCUGGAGGUGUAUUUUCUGUUGUCGACCCUGCAUACCCUCCAUCUCGCCAGACGGUCUACCUGGAAGUUUCCUCGCCCCGAGCACUCCUCGUCAUCUCCUCAGCGGGCGUCCUCGCCCCAUCGGUCUCAGAGUACAUCUCCACCAAGCUCUCCCUCCGUCUACACGUCCCCGCCAUUGCUCUCUCAGCCGACGGCAUUACCGGCUCCCGGUCUGACGCUUCGGAAGACAUCCUCGGACCAUUCCAAUCUCUAUCGCAGACCCCAGCCGGUGUGGUGCUCGGUCCCGACUCUCCAGCCACGCUCAGCUUUACCAGCGGAAGUACCGGUAUCCCCAAAGGUGUCAAGGGUCGGCAUUACAGCUUGACGCACUUCUUCCCGUGGAUGGGCAAGCGAUUCGGGCUGGACGAGAACUCAAAGUACACCAUGUUGUCGGGUAUCGCCCACGACCCUAUUCAGCGAGACAUGUUCACACCCCUUUUCCUUGGCGCUCAGCUGCACGUCCCUACAGCAGACGAUAUCGGCACGCCUGGCCGGCUCGCCGAAUGGAUGGCCGACUCCGAGGUCACCGUCACCCACCUCACUCCCGCCAUGGGUCAGCUCCUCUCGGCGCAGGCCACCCGUCAGAUCCCUACCCUCAGGAACGCCUUCUUCGUCGGAGACGUCCUCACCAAGCGGGACUGCACUCGGCUGCAAUCCCUCGCCAAGAAUGUCUGUAUUAUCAACAUGUACGGAACGACCGAAACCCAGCGGGCGGUCUCGUACUUUGCCAUCCCGAGUGUCAACGAGGACUCGACCUUCUUGUCUACCCAGAAGGACCUCAUUCCUGCUGGACAGGGGAUGAUCGAUGUUCAGCUCCUGGUUGUCAACAGGACGGAUCGCAACGUCCCUUGUGCGGUCGGAGAGAUGGGCGAGAUUUACGUCCGAUCAGGAGGACUGGCAGAGGGGUACCUCGACCCAGCGGCGACGGCCGAAAAGUUCGUCAAGAACUGGUUUGGUGAGGGCGUGGAGCGGGAGGAUACGCUCGUCAAGUCGAACCCUGCUGCUGCCAAGCACUGGUUUGGGAUCCGGGAUCGGAUGUACCGGUCAGGUGAUCUCGGUCGAUACCUCCCUGACGGGCGUGUCGAGUGUACCGGUCGAGCCGACGAUCAAAUCAAGAUCCGAGGCUUCCGCAUCGAACUCGGCGAGAUCGAUACGCAUCUCUCGCGUCACCCGCUUGUUCGCGAGAACGUUACGCUCGUCAGGCGUGACAAAGACGAGGAGAAAGUGCUGGUCAGCUAUUUCGUCCCUAUCGACGGGGACGGGCUGGACAAGUACAUGUCUGCGAGCGAGGGCGGAGAGGAUGAGGAUAUGGACAUGAAGACGGAGAUGCUGCGUGGGGUGAGACGGUAUAGGCGUUUGAUACGCGAUAUUCGGGAAUACCUGAAGAAGAAACUCCCUUCGUACGCGGUCCCGGCCGUCUACUUCCCCCUAUCGAAACUCCCCCUCAACCCCAACGGCAAGGUCGACAAGCCAGCGCUUCCCUUCCCAGACACAGCGCUCGCGCCUCCCGUGGCGUCAAAAGACCUCGCCACUCUCACUCCCACCCAAAAGACAAUCCACGAUAUCUGGCUCAAACUCCUUCCCUCCCCACCGCCCGCCGUUGCCAUCGACGAAAACUUCUUCGAUAUGGGCGGUCACUCUAUCCUCGCCACUCGGCUCAUCUUUGAGAUCCGCAAGACGUUCGUUGUCAAUGCACCGCUUGGGCUCGUCUUUGAAAAGCCAACUAUCGCGGCGCAGGCUGCGGAGAUUGACAGUCUGCGCCAGGUCGACCUCGGCGCGGGCUCAGCACCGGUCAAGCAGGCAGCACCGGAGACUCCGUACGCUGCGGAUGUCGAGAUACUGGCGAAGCAGCUUCCGCAAUUCUCCCCACUCCCCGCCGACUUUGGCAAAAAGCCGAUCACCGUCUUCCUUACCGGCGCCACGGGUUUCCUCGGGGCUUUCAUCCUUGCCGAUCUACUAGCGCGGAAUGUCAAGAAGGUCAUCUGCCUUGUUCGCGCCAAGGACGCGUCAGGUGGGAUGGCGAGACUCAGGGAGUCUGGAGAAGGGCGGGAUGCUUGGGAUGAGAGCUGGGUGACAGAUGGCAAGGUAGAGGCGGUCGCUGGGGAUUUGGCGGAUGAGCACUUUGGGCUGGAUAAGGCGACUUGGGACCGGAUCGCCGGCGAAGCCGACUCGGUCCUGCACAACGGUGCCGUCGUCCACUGGGUCUACCCCUACGCCAAGAUGCGCGCCGCCAAUGUCCUUUCCACCCUCACUGCCCUCCACCUCUGCGCCGAACAACAGCCCAAAGCCUUCUCCUUCAUCUCGUCCACCGCCGUCCUCGAUGCCGAGGGGUUCAACCGGAAAUCGGAUGAGUCAAUCCACAGUGGCGGAACGGGAUUGAUGGAGACGGACGACCUGGAGGCGGGCCGCACUGCCCUGGAUACGGGCUAUGGCCAGUCCAAGUGGGUGUGCGAGAAGCUCGUUAUGGAGGCUGGGAAGCGCGGCUUGUCGGGAUAUUCACUCCGGCCGGGGUACAUCCUCGGACACUCCCGGUCGGCCGUCACCAAUACGGACGACUUUAUCUGGCGUAUGGUCAAAGGCUGCCUUCAACUCGGCCUCAUACCAGAUAUCAACAAUACCAUCAACCUCACCCCUGCCGACCACGUCGCGCUCCUCGCUUCUCUCUCUACGCAAAUCAUCGACCCGGCACAGCCGUUCAAGAUCAUACACGUGACUGGUAAUCCCCGGAUCCGGUUCAAUGACCUCCUCGGCUCGCUCGCGGUCUAUGGCUACCCCACCCAAAAGGUCGAGUAUGUCCAGUGGCGGACCAAGCUCGAGCAGCACGUGCUCGAGACGCAGGACAAUGCGCUCUUCCCUCUGCUGCACUUUGUGCUGGAUGAUCUGCCGACCAGUACCAAGGCGCCCGAGAUGGACGAUGCGAAUGCGCGGGCGCUGGCGCGUGCAGGCGGCGAGAAGGAGGGAGCAGGGGUGGAUGAGAAGCUUAUAGGGCUGUAUUUGGCGUGGUUGAUUCGUGCGGGCUUCUUGGAGGCGCCGUCGGGACAGGGGGAGAAGACAUUGCCGGAGAUCCAGGGUGGGGCGAUUGCGGCGAUCGGACGGACCACAGCGGGGAAGUAG